CGUCUUCCGGCGGGAGCUGUGCCGCUCCUUAUCAUGGUGAGUUGGCCAGGGUUGUGAGGGUUUCUGUCGUAAAUGAUUCCUCUUAUCCUUUCUGGUCCUGAAGCGGCCUUGAAAUGCCUCAGCCACCCAGAGGUGGGGUCGUCGGAGUUAUGCUCGGGGUCCCCGGGAGGAGCGGCUGGCGUCCGAGAGCGUGCCACCAGAGCUCUGAUGCUCCCUCGCUCCCUCACCCGGUUCCUUUGCUGUUCCGGACCCCGGCCCCGCUCCAGGCCAACCUUUCGGCUCUGGGCGAGUUUAUGACUCUUCCCUGCAGUGACAUCCUUGAUAUAGAAAUAAAAGUCUUUGCCAGUGUCAGCGACUACAACAUCAACAAAAGGGGACAAUUCAUCUCUUUAGAAAACCACAAAGAUCUUUUUUUGGCAAGUUAUUGCAGGAAUUUAGACUUGUAGCAGCUGAUCGAAGGAGUAUGAAUCACAGCAACUUGAAUGGACCCAGAGAAGUUUGUCAGCAUUGUACAAAUAAGAAUGAUUUUCUUUUUCACAGUCCUGGAAGAUACUGCUCUUUGGUGCAAUAAACUUAACAUGUACUGGCUUCCUGCUAAUGUGGUGCAGUUCCACUAAUAGUAUAGCUUUAACUGCCUAUACUUACCUGACCAUUUUUGAUCUUUUUAGUUUAAUGACAUGUUUAAUAAGUUACUGGGUAAUGAUGAGGAAACCUAGCCCUGCCUAUUCAUUUGGAUUUGAAAGAUUAGAAGUCCUGGCUGUAUUUGCGUCCACAGUCUUGGCACAAUUGGGAGCUCUCUUUAUAUUAAAAGAAAGUGCAGAACGCUUUUUGGAGCAGCCUGAGAUACACACGGGAAGAUUAUUAGUUGGUACUUUUGUGGCUCUUUCUUUCAACCUGUUCACAAUGCUUUCUAUUCGGAAUAAACCUUUUGCUUAUGUCUCUGAAGCUGCUAGUACGAGUUGGCUUCAAGAGCAUGUUGCAGAUCUUAGUCGAAGCUUGUGUGGAAUUAUUCCAGGACUUAGCAGUAUCUUCCUUCCCCGAAUGAAUCCAUUUGUUUUGAUUGAUCUUGCUGGAGCAUUUGCUCUUUGUAUUACUUAUAUGCUAAUUGAAAUUAAUAAUUAUUUUGCUGUAGAUACUGCAUCAGCCAUAGCCAUUGCUCUGAUGACAUUUGGCACUAUGUAUCCCAUGAGUGUGUACAGUGGGAAAGUAUUACUCCAGACAACACCACCCCAUGUUAUUGGUCAGUUGGACAAACUCAUCAGAGAGGUAUCUACGUUGGAUGGAGUUUUGGAAGUCCGAAAUGAGCAUUUUUGGACCCUAGGUUUUGGCUCAUUGGCUGGAUCUGUUCAUGUGAGAAUUCGACGAGAUGCAAAUGAACAAAUGGUUCUUGCUCAUGUGACCAACAGGCUGUACACACUAGUAUCUACUCUGACUGUUCAGAUUUUCAAGGAUGAUUGGAUCAGGCCUGCCUUACUGUCUGGGCCUGUUGCAGCCAAUGUCCUAAACUUUUCAGAUCAUCACAUAAUCCCAAUGCCUCCUUUAAAGGGUACUGAUGAUUCCAACCCUGUUACAUCAACUCCAGCUAAACCCAGUAGUCCACCUCCAGAAUUUUCAUUUAACACCCCUGGAAAAAACGUGAGCCCAGUUAUUCUUCUUAAUACUCAAACAAGACCUUAUGGUUUGGGUCUUAAUCAUGGACACACACCUUAUAGCAGCAUGCUUAAUCAAGGACUUGGAGUUCCAGGAAUUGGAGCAACCCAAGGAUUCAGGACUGGUUUUACAAAUAUACCAAGUAGAUAUGGAACUAACAAUAGAAUUGGACAACCAAGACCAUGAUGUACUGUAAUUUAAUUUAUUUUUAUGAGGAAUAUUGACUCCUUGGCUUUCAGUUUAUUUAGUAAUCCAACGUUGCAUCGACUGUUAAAUCAUUUAAUUAGAGAAUAGUAAGUUUGUUCACAUUUCAUGAAACCAAUUAAACUAUAUUUUUGUAAAAUGUAUUUGGGGCAGUGAGAACCUUCUAAAUGUUAUAGGCUUUAAAUAGGCUUCCUUUAGAAAGCUGUUUCUCUAAAUUUGAAUUUUGCUAUCUUUGGUUUUGUAGUUGACUGCAGUGUGAUAUAACACUACCUUUAUAAGAGAGCCACUUGAUAGAGUGGAUCUGUCACAUUAUUAAAAAUAUAAUACUUUCUUCAGUGAAAUUUAUAAACAUGCUUCUUGAGUACACAUUUUAGGAAAAGAAAAAAUCCAUUUUAAAAGUAAAAGUCUCUUUUAUAGAUUUUCCAAACAUAAUUGCUACAUUUUCCUUUGAGGUCCUCCUGAAUUAUGUCUUGCAAAGUAGAAGCAAACAUUUUUAUCAGAAAUUUUAAAACAUAUUUUACCAUCUGGCACAAUUUAAAAUUUUUACUUAUCAGUUUUUUAAUAGUUUUUCUCAUUAAAAAAUUUCAGUACAUUUGUAAGUGGCCCAUCAUUCUCAAAGUGUUUUAUUUUGGUUAAAUAAUACCAAAUCCUUAGGUGAUAUGCAGUGAAGGAAUCCCAGUUUUCUGUCUUACAUUUAACCAAAUACUGACAUAAUGAUAGAUUUAUCUUUUUGUCACCUUUUCAUUGGUUGACUUUAAUUCCUCAUUUUAUUAACAAAAUAUAUCACAUAUAUUACCAGAAUAGGUGGAAUUCCAUACGUAGUAAUACGAUUUAAUCUUUUUUCAAAGUUGCAUGAACAAUUUGAGUUUACAUUAUAUAAUUUUACCAAAACAUAGUGGACCCUAGGUUAUAGAAUACAGUAUUGUUAUAUCUGCAUUAGGCAGUUUCUAACUUACUUUGUUUUGCUUUAUUGAAAAGUGAAUCGAAGUGUGAGAAUCAUGUAAAUUAUUUUUAAAUUAUUUUCCAAAUGCAAAUGUUAAGGACUUUCUAACAUGGCCAGCAUUACUUAUAAAAAGUAUAACAAGCAGCCGUCACAGAUUACCUAUGAGAUUUUUUUUCAUUUUAUCAUGAGUUUUAUAAUUAGGUUUUAAAAACGGAUUUUGAGAGUGGAUUCAACUUUUCUAGAAUCCAGUACUCCUGAAGAUUUCUGACAUUUCCAGCCAUCAGCAGCUAUCUAGAGAAGAUUUUUUUUUUUUUAGAUUUUGCAAGUUUCUUCAAUAAACUCAUCCUCUUUUAAAUAUGAGCAACACUCGCAAAUCCUGUUUCUUUACAGUAGAAUCAUAAACAUCUAAGAAGCCAUCUCUGUCGAGCAGAAUUAUAGUCAUCCUGUGAUAAGUGACAAUGUCCCAAAUAACUUUUGCUUGAUGAGGAGUUGAUCAUUGUCUUUGACAUCUGCAACCCUGUUCAGGCACUUGACCUGCUGAAGAAAUAGAGCCCACGCUACCUUGACUGCCGGGGAAAGUGAAACUUUGUAAAAUGUGAUAAGGCAACCUGUUCCUUGACAUUUGUCUUAUGUUCUCCAACUAUUACUAUACCUAUUAUUGGUCUACUAUUACAGGGUGAUUUUUCCUCCAUUGACCUCAUCUAAACGUGAAUUCGGGUCAUGCAUGAAAUCUGAAGAACUGCCGUGUACUGAGUGAUGAUUAAGAGGUAUGUGCUGCCAUGCUAUGCAUGUCUUCUCCAUCUCCAGGGGAUUUUUAAAGUGCCCAGGUACUGAACACAGUUCUGUGAGAUGUUAAAUGCCUAUUUCCUCAACACCCAUUUAGAGGUAACACCUGUGCAAUUAAUUGUCCUUCCAAAGGUGCUUUGAUACCCACCUACACUAUUUGAGAAGUUGCAUAUGGGUUCUGAAAGAAUUGGCUCUACUUGCUGAAAUUCAGUAUUGCCAACUGCUUCAGGUGGCAUUGUUCUAGGCAUUAUUAUAUAAAGAAGUCUUAUUUGCCAAGAUCUGACCAGGUUCUGGAUAUGAAAAUAAGAAGCUUGCCCAGCAUAGGCCUAGAUGUAGUAGCCUUACUAGUAAAUCAUGCCACAGAGUUACUUGAAGCUAGACAAAGAAGCAAGUUUGAAUUAAGUACUUGACCCAUGGUUUGUGAUUAAGAGCAAGCUUCAUGGAAUAUGAUUAAUCCUGUUUGAGAAAUUGCUAUCAUUUAACUUCUAUGAGGUUUCUCAUCUGUAAAGUUAGGGUGAGAGAUGAAGUAGUUGAUCUGGAAACUAUCAGCUCUAAAAUUGUAUGACUAAAUCUGCCGAAUAUAUGCUCACUUGUGAAACGGAAUAUUUUACCUAGUAUUUCUUUGCAGUGACUACCUCAGCAUUCAGGCCAAGUGUUACCUAUGCCAAUACCCGAGCCAUUAAUUGGAGAUGCCAUGAGAGCAGAGGGUAAACUACAGGUUGACACCAAUUUGGUUUUUGUUUAUUUCAGACUUGCCUCGACUUAAAUCUGUUUAGAUUAAACGGAUUUUUCUUAGACUUCUUUCUUUGUAGGGAAGGAUUAUUUUUGGAGGUGGUAGGGAAAAGAUUAGGGCAGGGUACCCUUAGCUUCCAUAGGGUACAAAAUAAUGGGUCCAUUUUUUCUUUCUUCCUUAAUCUCUGAAGUCACAGAUGGAAUUACAUACACGUAUCAGCAACUGGUUUAGCUACUCAUUCAAGCCUCUGAUUUAGCUACUCAUAAACUGCCAAUUUUUUGCUUAACUAAAGAUUGCUGAUCUUUUUGGGGAGUCUGAUCUGCUUCUUAUGUAAGAAAAUACUUUUUAAAUUCCAAAUUGUUUGAAUUAAACUGUUUGAAUAAAGAACAUACAUGG